GGUGCAGGGGCCCGACUGAUGAGUUGGCAACACAGACGCACGGCCCGUCCCGGCGAGUCAGAAAAAGCCAUCAUCACGUGAGCGCGUCCAACUUCGCUGCCGCGCCAAGGCGGACGUACCUUCCACCGAUCCGACGAUGCACCUCCCUCGAUACCGGCGAGCCAACAGCCCACGCCCACGCUCGCGACCACGACUGGCUGGAAGGAAUUGAGGAUGACCCUUUGCUCCGGAGUACUGUCAAAGUCGAGGCGGCAUGGUCAAGCCGCGGGCAGCGCGAAAGAAGCCCAUCGUGCUCUCCUCCGACACCGAUGAAGACGGACAACGCUCACCGCCUCCCAAGCGUCCCAAGAGGGGCACGCUGCUGAGCAUCUCAAACAGGGCGCGUGGAGACGCGAAGGUCGCGAAAGCGCAGACGCGACGCGCAUCAUCCCCGAAGCCGUCAUCACCGUCUGCGAAGAAGUCCCCAGCUAAAUCCCCGGGGAAGCCGAAGCCCGUCUACAAGUCCAUUACGUCCUUUUUUGGCGUUGCUCCUCGCCCUCAGAUAGCCCAGCCUACACCGAGUCCCGAGAAGUCUGUCGCCAGUACACCGCUCGAGCACAUCGACGACAUCUGUGAUUCUUCGGACGAUGAUCAAUCAGCAAAGCGACCAGCUGCGCUGCUCGUGCGGAAGGGGAAGGCCGGGCUAGCGGCCGAGAAUGACAACCUCCCUAAAGGCAGUCAGAGAUUCCUUCGGGCCGCCAAUGGCGCGCGUAAUACCCCUCCGCCAUCACAGACUACAACCGUGGACAGCGUAGACAGACGGCCAUGGAACGAGAAGUAUGGCCCGACCUCCUUGGACGAGCUGGCAGUGCACAAGAAGAAGGUUGCGGACGUGCGGACGUGGCUGUCGGAUGUCUUUGCAGGCAAGCAGCGCAAGAGACUGCUGCUCCUCAAGGGGCCUGCUGGAAGCGGCAAGACUGCCACUAUGUCGCUCCUUUCGAAGGAGCUGGGAUUCCACAUGAAUGAAUGGAAGAAUCCUAUAGGCUCUAUGCCUUCUUCUGAGGGCCUACUAUCUGCUACCGCGCAGUUCGACGAUUUCGUUGGAAGAACCGGCGCGUUCGGCAGCCUUUCGUUCGAUGAACCAGCCCAGGCUCGCCAACAACUGCCGCCCAGCGCACCCAGCGAUAGAGAAAAGCAACUGAUUCUUGUAGAAGAAUUCCCAAAUACAUUCACGCGUACUUCGUCAAGUGUCCAAUCGUUCCGCUCUUCCAUUCUCAACUAUCUUACUGCCAACACACCGUCGGCUACGAGCUUUUACUCCAGCAAACCAGAACCAGAGCUAUCCAUAACGCCCAUCGUCAUGAUUGUUUCGGAGACGCUGCUUUCGACCAAUACUGCCGCGGCUGAUAGCUUCACUGCUCAUCGUCUGCUCGGUCCAGAGAUUCUCACGCAUCCUGGUGUCACUGUUAUCGAGUUCAACCCGAUCGCACCGACUUUCAUGACCAAAGCGCUGGACCUCAUCGUGCUGAAAGAAGCACGCAAAUCUGGUCGAAGAAAGACCGUCGGCCCCCAGGUCAUCCACCGACUGUCGGAGCUUGGAGAUAUUCGCAGUGCCGUAUCCUCCCUGGAAUUUCUAUGCCUCAGGGGAGAUGAUAAUGAGGGAUGGGGAUCCAAGGUCAACUUCACGAAGAAGAAAGGGCCGAAAGAUGUUCCCCUUACAAAGAUGGAGCAAGAGUCGUUGGAAAUGGUGACCCAGCGAGAGAGCACGCUCGGCAUCUUCCACGCCGUGGGUCGUGUUGUAUACAACAAGCGUCUGCCUGAAGAUGCAAAUGAUCCCGUUCCGCAACCGCCAAACUGGCUUCCCGAUCGAAGAAGGCCGAAGGCUUCGGAAGUUAAUGUCGAUGCGCUCAUUGAUGAGCUCGGGACGGAUACGCAGACGUUCAUUGCAGCUCUACACGAGAACUACGCGCUGUCUUGCGACGCUGGCGAUAGCGAGGAGACGAUGGACUGUAUGAAUGGUUGCAUCGACGCGCUAUCAGACGCAGACCUUCUUUCACCUGACCGAUUUGGCACGUCUGGAUUCGGCAGACGGAACUUCUCAGGAACGAGCGCCGACAAUCUUCGCCAAGACGAGAUGUGCUUCCAGACCAGUGUACGGGGCUUGUUGUUCAGCCUACCACAUCCCGUCAAGCGAAUACCGCCUCCACCUGGCGUCAUGGGCAUGAAAGCAAAAGGCGCAGGAACAGUAGCGGGAGCAUCAAAAGGAAACGCAUACGUCAUGUACUACCCCGCAUCCCUACGAAUAUGGCGACAACAGGAAGAAAUAGGAGGGCUGUUGGAAAUGUGGAUUUCUCGUGCACAGCGGGGCGAGCUUCUGAGUUCCGGGCCCGGCACAUCGAAACCCGCCGCAGCAGUCGUUAGCGGCGUGGACACAUGGAGGAAGACAACGCCCUUCUCACAAGCUGCGAAACCUACUGCAACCCAAGUGGGUUCAAACCUCGAAGAAGAACCGCCACCACCUGUCCUCCUCGGCAGCGGCGGCUCAGCCCGCUACGAAAUGCUCCUCGAGCGCCUUCCGUACCUUCCAACUAUCCUACGCAAAUCAUCGAUGCCCUCUCUGACCACUGCUUCCACAAUCCGUGGGAUACAGAAAAUCACUUCCUUCACCGGAUCAGGCAUCUCCGGCUCCGCAGAAGACGACGAUCAAGACGACGAAAGGGAAUCAGGCGAACAGGAACAAUGGGCCACUGAUAAACCCGGCGCUGAGACGCCGAAGAAGAAAAAGAGAGUGCGAAUAGAACAUAAAGCAGAAGAGAUGGAGUCUGCCAUCCCGGGUGGUGCUGAUAAGGCUGGUGGGAAUCUUGUGCUUAGCGAUGACGAUAUCGAGGAUUAAUAUGUAUUAUAUGGAUGGGGCGGUUCUGUUAUGGCGUUGGAACGUAGUAGGAACAGAUAGGCGUAUGGGACGGGUCGCAUAUUAUCAAUGCUCAUCACACUUUCAGUGCUGUUGUUUCUUCAGCUAGAUGAGAUAUAGAGCGUCACCCAAAUUAAUGAAAUUUCAU